GAUUAGUUUGGUUUUGUCAACGGAACGGGUAAUUAGUUGAUACGCUGAUACGCUAAACGCUGCCGCUGCUGCGAUCCGACAUUGGGCAGGCAACGAAAGCCAUUGGUUAAGUCCGGAAUUGUUGACGUUUGGAAUGGAAAGCUAACAUCCGAAGGAAGCAUGAGAAGCUUUUAGUACAGAACGCAAUCGGUGGCUUUGCGUGGGAACGCUUUUGCGAAACGAACUUCCGUCGCACCUGAUUAUGCAAUCAUUUUGUGUGGUUACAUAACGUUUUUCGAAAGAAAUUUUUUUUUGAGUAAAUUCCAUCUGAAGUGCUGAAAAUGGGCAUCCUUCUGUCGAUUCUAGUGGCCAGCGUGGGCGCCAUGGAUGUGAUAAACUGUUUGGCGCUGGUGUCGAAUCAGCUGACGGCUGCCCCUGCCAAGGAUAUCGACCUGGAGCAGUAUCGGCGCUUGCUGAAGGAACAGAUCGAUAGUGCACCGAAGAGUCCGGUUGAGGGUCUAACGUAUGCCCAGGAUGGGGUGCUCUACAAGGACGGUUAUCGUGUGGAGAAAUUCGACGACGCGCGGUUGGAUCAGUUGAAUGCAAAAAUAAAGGACUUGGAGCAUAAGAAUCAAGACAAGGAACAGAAGUUGAAACAGUUGAACGUGAAACUGGAGGAGUUGGAGAGGAAAUCCGUGGAUCGGGAGCUGGCGAUCGAAGAGCUCCGCUCAAGGACCGUUAGUCGUGCCGAGAGUCCUUCAAUUCCCCAAAUUGUGCUAGACGAAGAGGGCUCUCAAAAGGGUAAAAAGUUUCGACCGAUUCAUCGAGACGAUGAGUUUAGGCGAACAGUGAAGAAGAAAUCCGUAUCUUCCAACACAUCCGAAGAUCGCACCGACGAAAUGGAAAGGUUAACACAGCUAGAGGUGGAAGAAAGUAAGACAAUGGAGGACUUUAUGCCGUUGAUUUAUGUCCGGGAAGAGGAACUAGAUCCAAACUCGAGAAGGCAUAGAAUUAGUCCAAUACACGAACAGUGUCCAAUGCACGAAGAAGGAGAUCGAAUGCGGAGUAUCGAACACUCGCCGGAGCUUUCGCUGGGUAUAAAAAUGGUGAAACCGUGGGGUGAUGUCAAACCGCAGAAAGACGAUAUUAAGGGGAAGAUACUCACCUCGCGACAGUUUUCGAUCGAAGAGGAAGCUCGCGACAGUGAAAGCAGUGCUUUGGACGAUGGGGAAAAUAUUUCUGAACGUGAGGAAGAAACCAACCAGUGGGUACAAAGUUCACGAAACCUGUUUCCAGAAGUACCACAACUGACGAAGGAGUCCCUGCUGAGAAGUAGCGAAACCGUUCCCUCGAAUCUUAGCUCCCAUUCCAACAGUCCCGAAUCGGACCAUCCGACUCUGAAGCGAACGCGAAAGAAGAGUGAUCUGACGGCACUGCUGCUGGACGAAGAGCGAAAAGGUGAAGCUUAUAAGGAAAUAGUCAUCCAAUUGGAGGAAUAUGAUUCCGAUCGCACCAAGCAAUCCAAAUCUCCAUCACCAUACGUGGAUGCAUUCCUGGAGAACGAACGACAACAAUCAAAGGCGUCAACCUUGGAUCAGCCAAUGCUUCCGAAGGAAGCUACCAUCUCUCCAGCGUCGAUGAGGUCCGUUGGAUCUACCGAAUCACCGGUAUCAUCGCUCACAGACGAAUUUGUCAAGGAUGAUGCUCGCAAUAAAGCCACUGCUGAUCACUCUUCAUCUCCGCGAGGUCAACCUGAUCGAAAUCUAAUUUUCAGUGGCGAGUACACCAAGGCCAUGUCGAAAGAUUGGCACUCGGGACACUUCUGCUGCUGGCAGUGCGACGAGAGUCUGACCGGCCAACGGUACGUGCUGCGCGAUGAGCAUCCCUACUGCAUCAAGUGCUACGAGAAUGUGUUCGCCAACGUCUGCGAGGAGUGCAACAAGACCAUCGGCAUCGACUCGAAGGACCUGUCCUACAAAGACAAACACUGGCACGAGGCCUGCUUCCUGUGCAACAAGUGCCGCAUCUCGCUAGUGGACAAGCAGUUCGGCUCGAAGGCCGACAAGAUCUACUGCGGCAACUGUUACGACGCCCAGUUCGCGUCCAGAUGUGACGGCUGCGGAGAGAUCUUCCGUGCUGGAACCAAGAAGAUGGAAUACAAGACCAGACAGUGGCACGAGAAGUGCUUCUGCUGCUGCGUCUGUAAGACCGCUAUUGGCACCAAGUCAUUCAUCCCCCGUGAGCAGGAAAUCUACUGCGCCGGCUGUUACGAGGAAAAGUACGCCACCCGUUGCAUCAAGUGCAAGAAGAUCAUCACCAGCGGUGGUGUGACCUACAAGAACGAACCAUGGCAUCGCGAGUGCUUCACCUGCACCCACUGCCAGGUGUCCCUGGCUGGACAGCGCUUCACCAGCCGCGAUGAGAAGCCAUACUGUGCCGAGUGCUUCGGCGAACUUUUCGCCAAGAGAUGCACUUCCUGUGUAAAGCCAAUCACCGGAAUCGGCGGUACCCGUUUCAUCUCGUUCGAGGAUCGCCACUGGCACAACGACUGCUUCAUCUGCGCCUUGUGCAAAACGUCUUUGGUCGGACGUGGCUUCAUCACCGACGAGCAGGACGUCAUCUGCCCGGAGUGUGCCAAGCAGAAGCUGAUGUAAGCAGGUCACCCCCUCUCCCCCAAAUCUAGCCCCUAAAUCGAUAUAAAGAAGAAGAAGAAGAAAAAAAUCAAAACACACUACCGCAACCACAUCAUGCAUCUCUUCGGGAACACUAAACGCAACGAAAACCAACAAAAAAUUAUAUUCUAAAAGUUGAACGGCGAAACAAAAUGGAAACCAAUUUUUAGAAAUUGAUUUAUUAAAAAAACAUAUGAUAUAUAUGAAAGGAUCACGAGAUUGGAAUGAUAGAGUGGAAGAGAGAACAAUGCGAAACAAUUAUAGCAGCGAUAGCAGAACAAAACAAAGCCUUACACAUAGCGUUGUCAAACUGACAAAAAAACGAGCGGCCAUCUUGCUAAUGGUGACGAGUUUCAAAAUGAGUUCAUUGUUUUUCUUUUUGCCGGAAAGAUUAUUUAUUCUCUAUUUACACUUAAGAGUAUUCUAUUGUGUUGAACAAUUUAUUUCUACCGCUUGAAAAAAAAAACUAUAUUCUGUCAAAGACAUACGAUUUAUUUUAUCUCUCCUCCUUUGUUAAAUGUUAAUUAUUGCCAUGAUGAAUGUUUUAACGAAGAAAAAAAGUAAUAAAGAGUAUUUUAACGCAAUAUAUUUCAGUAAGAGAGAGAUCCGCAACCUUAUAUUUAUAAGCGAGCAGGCAAACAGUUAUGCUGUGAAUAUAUACUUUAUCGUUUGAGAAUCGGCUUUUUUCUAUCUUUACUGCGACACAUAUACACGAGAUUAGCGGGAACGGCCUAUAUUCACUAAAGUUGCCUUGUACUAAGAACAAUUUAAGAAACCCACAAAACACACUCUCACACGCAACAAAUAAAAAAACAAAACAAAGCAAAAGUGACAAACUUUACAUAAAUGUCGUCAUAUUUUUACCCGCGUUUAAGAGAAAUGAAACAAAGUAUUUAUGUAGAAUGUCGAGAAAACAGAUGCUUUAAUGAACACGCAUACACACACACGAACACGAAACAUUACUUAACGGUAAACGCUUGUCUCCUCCCUCUUUAUGUUCUGUGUUGUUGAUCGUGUAGCGAAGCAAGAUGAAACCAAUUAUCACAGUUAACUAGGCAUUCAACGAAUUGAAAGUUGUAUUUACGUAAGCAAACUAGAUAACCUAUCAAAACAAUUCAACUUAACAGUUACUAAAGAUAAUCCUAUUGCUGAGGGAGAAAAAUUAAUAAAAGAAAGUCUUUAAAUAUAUAUUAUUAAGGUCAGAUUGUAGAUGAAAAAAAAUUAAUUAACUCUGUUUCAAUAAUUUUGGACGGUGUCGUGCAACGAAUAUUUCCGCCGUCCAAACCAUUAUUUAUUCAUUAACAAUUCGAUUACCAUUUUAUAAAUAAAGAAAGCAACAUAAAAAUAAAUAUAUGAAGAAGUAAAAGAAGAAGAAGAAGAGAAGGAAGAAGAAAAAACAAAACUACGAAUUAUGCAAAGUACGUAUACACUAUAUCAAAUCAAGAGCUAAUCAUUUUUCACCAUUUCUCUGUUAUGCCUAAUAUUUUAGUAGUAGUCGGAUUUUUUCAAAUAAAUAAAUUAUCCUACCAACAUCA